ACUUUUUGUUGCCUGUUGUUGUUAUUGAUGUAUUUUUGUAACUAUUUGUCUGGAAAGAAACCAGGAAAUAUACGUAAUAAAAAGAGAAUGAGUAAAGAGAGAAGGAAAAAAAAGGUAUCAAGAAAGAGAAAGAUGCCAUGUUUAUUUUUAUUUAAAAAAUAUGCGCAUGACAUCACUGAAACUUACCACGGAAAACCGCGCACCAUUUAAAAGAGAAAAGGGCCACAGAAAAAAAAAAACUCUUCUUCUUUUAUACACACACACGAAAAAAGAAAAAUGCUCGAUAACAUGCUUUCAUACAGCGGUGGACUUGUAGGUCUCAUCAUUUUAAUUCUCGACUUGAUUGUCAUCUUUGAGGUAAUGAACUCGAAUCGUGAGAUUACUGGUAAACUCGGUUGGUCUCUCUUGGUCUUUUUCUUCCCUGUUGUUGGAUUGAUUCUUUACUUCCUUUUAAGUGGUCGUAGUGAACAUAAUGCUCGAUACGAGGCGAUAGUCUAACAUCCUAUGUUGUACCCGCUAAAGAAACUGUAUUCUCUACACUGUUUCCUUUGUUUUUAAUGUGUGAUAAUAAUAAUAAAAAAGCCCUUUCUCCUUUGAAAAAAAAAA